AUGGGCUAUAAACAUUUGAUCUCCAUUCUUCCUUUACUUGCUACUUGUUCAGCAUUCGUCAUUCCUUCCGAAUCGAAUGUAUCUAGAAGAUGCGUUAGUACUAUCGGAAGUUACGAUGAUGUCGAAGAUGCCGUGUCCAGUGGAUGUGACAUUGAACUCGGUGCUAUUACCGUUCCCCCCGGUGAAGCCUUGGAUCUCUCCGAACUGGGUUCAGGAACUAGCGUCACAGUCACUGAUGAUGUAACAUUCGAAGGUGGUGUCGAAUGGGAAGGUCCAAUGUUCCUCAUUGGCGGGUCCGAUAUUACUUUCAACGGCGGUGGCCAUACGUUCGAUGGUCAAGGUGCUAAAUAUUGGGAUGGACAAGGUGGUAAUGGAGGAAAAACCAAACCUAAAAUGAUGAAAGUCACCAUGGGCGGUACAUUCUCUGAUCUUACCGUUCUUAACGCUCCCGUUCACGUCUUUUCAGUUGGUAAUAAGAAACCUCUCACCAUCAAGGGAGUCACGAUCGAUAACAGAGAUGGUGAUGAACUCGGAAGUGACGGUAAGACCUUGGGACACAAUUCUGAUUGCUUCGACGUCUCUGCGAGUGAUACCACAUUGGAUGGUAAUACCUGCUGGAAUCAAGAUGAUUGCCUCGCGGUAAACGCUGGAUCCGGAAUUGUUUUCUCAAAUAAUUACCGUUCAGGUGGUCAUGGUAUUAGCAUUGGAUCAAUCAAAUCUGAUGAAGUGGUAUCCAACGUGAAGAUCACGGGAAAUACCGUUGAAAACUCUGAUAAUGGACUUCGAAUCAAGACCGUCGCUGGAGCUACCGGUGGUUCAGUCUCCGAUAUUACUUAUACCAAUAACAAAGUUACUGGGGCUGCCAAGUAUGGCGUGGUGAUCCAGCAGGAUUACGAGAAUGGCUCACCUACCGGUGAACCUACCAACGGGAUUGAGAUUAGUAACAUCAAUUUCGAUUCCGGUAACACUGUCUCCACGGCCAGCGAUGCCAAAUAUGGAGUCUACGUACUCUGUGGAGACGGUUCUUGUACCGGCACCUGGAACUGGAGUGGAUUAACUGUUUCUGGCGCGGAUAACUCUAUCUCUGGUGAUCCUCCCAUCACCGGAUUCCCUUAA